AAAAUGAAGCGUGAAGCGGACAAGGUAAAGCAGCAAAGCAGAGAAGUGCACGAACGUAUCUGCUAUUGCAACAAUUCUCGUGCCAUAAUUUUCGAUUUAUUUUGUUCCAGUGACUCAUUUGUCCAAUCAAUGUUAUACUAUGUGCUUUCGGCAAGAGGAGGGCAAAUGUGCUAUUUGUUAUAAUACCGUCAUUCCUGGCGAUCCUGGCAUGGCUAUCGACCAAGGAUCAUUUGGCCUUUCGACAAGCCCAGAUGCGGCUAGUGCAAAGGGGACACAAGACACAGGUUGCUCUACUGAUUACCUUCAGAUCCCCGGUGCUGAAAGAAAUGACGAUCCAGCAACGUAUAUUCUGGGUACGAUUCCGGCCAAAGUUCAUGAGCGAAUUUGCGGACGAAUUUUUGGCUUUGCUGAUGACGCAACCUCAGUUGGAGCUGCUAUUAAUGACGAAUCCAUCUGCUGUGGAGGUAUUUCUAAAUGA